AAUUAAUUCAAAUAUGACCAAAGUACCCUUGCUUUCAUAACCUAAGAUCUGCACGGUUCUAUCAACCAUUCUCUCUCUUUCUCUCACUUCGAACGGCGACGAUUUUCCGAUCUCGAUUCCGAUAUCAAAUCGGCGUCUCCUUUCGAUUUCGCUUUCUAUCGGUGCGUCUCCGUCUCCGUCUGUGUUUUAUUUCGAUCUGUCCCACAUCGAUUCCAGAUGUCUAACAAUGACUCAUUGGAUGUGCUUAACCUACCGCCCCGUAUAUAUAAUCCCGGGUUUGAACCAAACAUUGGAGCUGUUGUUAUUCAACAUUUCGAAACGCAUUUGGUCAAAAAAGUUGAGCUCGCACUAGGGGAGGAACAGUUUAAUCUAAUUAAAGCCUCUUUCCUUGGUCCUAUUAUUGAACUAGCAAAAAGAAGUGGAGUUAAUUUUUCGGGGAAGAUUUUCCACUUCUUGAUGCAGCGAAGGUUGCUUUUAAAGGAGAAGAAUCUCUGGUUCACAUUUGACUCCCAGCCAAUGCGAUUCUCAGAGAGAGAAUUCUUGCUUACCACAGGUGUUCAGUGUGACCUGAUUGAUAGUGAAAUGCUUCGAAAAGGCAAAGCUCCAUCAAAAGCUCCAUAUUUCUGGACUCAGAAAGAGCAUUUUACGCUGGAACAACUCCAAAAACGUUUGUUUGAACCAAAUCAGCUGCAUCCGCUGGAUGCUGAAGAGAAACUGAGUCUAGGUAUGGUAAUUUUGACAGAAGCCUUUCUCUUUACACCAGGUUCGUUGGAGAAAAUCCCUUUGUCUAGACUGGUACAUGCUUCAGAAUUCGCAAUCUACACAUCUCAACCGUGGGGCAAGCAUGCAUAUAGGGUUCUUGCUACAAGCAUCCAACGGAUAAAUGAGAAUACUUGGGCAAGAGGCACAUAUGAAGUAAAGGGCUUUGCAAUGGCGAUACUACUAUGGGCCUUCAGCGCAGUUCCAUCUUUGGGCUCAGCGUUUGCAACAGAAUGUGUUACAUCGAGAUCUGAGUAUCCUUUGUGUUUGAAAUGGGAAACAACUCAAACACCAAGAUUUUCUCAUCUUGUCGAUGUCGUCAAAAAAAUGAACUCAGUCAAGGUUAAUACAGUGAUUGGAAACCCGUACGAAUAUAGCUAUUUAGUUGCUAGUUCGCAUGAAGACGACAUAGACUUCGAAGAAAUUGUUCGUCUUGUUCAAAAAGGAUACAGACUCAAAGCAACUGAUUGGAGUGCUGGAUUUAUUGAUAUUUUUACUGUAUUACAAGAAAUAGGGGAACAAACAAUGAAUAACAACUUGUCUGACAGCCAGAAACUCGACAAGAUCCUAAAUUUACUUCAAGACUUCAACAGGAGGAUUGCAGUAAUAGAGUAUGUUCUUAAAAGCCGUCUUGAAAAAGAUGAGACUGAGAGAUGCAAAAAAAAAGAGUCUAAUAUACAAGAAGAAACAUGUGCCAGAACAGAAGAGCAGUCUGACAAAGCUGGUCCCAAUAUAGAUGGUGAUAUUGGUGUUGAUGGUGAUAGCAGAGAAGGUGAUGAAUGUGGUCCAAGUAGAGAUGGUGAAAUUGAUGUCGAUGGUGAUAACAAAGAAGAUGAUGAAUGUGGUCCUAGUACAUUUGAAGAUUCCAUUCGUGAGCCAAACACAGAGGACGGGAGCUAUGCUGGAGAUGAUGAAAACAGCCAGAAGAUUCGUUCUGAAGAUGAUACAACUGAACCUACAGCAAAGGAUAAGGAGAAGGAAGGAAUUUCAGUUUCUGAAACAAACAAUGAGGCAUGUAAGAAAAGUUCUGAAAGUAAGAAGUACUGUAGAAAGAAGAGAUAUGUCAGAGAAAGAAAAGAGACAAAUAAGCGUAAACAAGGGGAUAAUUCUUAUAAUGAUAUUCCUACAAGAAAACAGCCUCAGAGAAAAAAAUGCAAAAAUACUGACAAAGUUGCUGCUGAUCUUGGAACAAGAACAUGUGAUCAAGAAUUAGGGGAUAAAGCUGAUAAUGAUGUUCCACUAAAAACUAGUCAACAAGAUGUAGAUAAUAAAUCAAAAGCUGAUGGUCCAUCAAGAAGAAGCCAGCGAAGUCAAGUGCCUUCCAUUUAUUCUCAGCCACCUUACACGGCAGAGAAGAAGAAGCACCCAACACUUCACCCCUUUGCAAAAGUUGACACAAAAAGGGUGCUAACAGUUGGGGGAAUCAAAGUAGAUUCCAAAUGGUUCACAACACUAGAAACGCAGGGGAAACCAAUAUCAGGAUCGCAUGUUGAUGCAGCUUUACACUUGAUCAAAACUAGAAGGGAAAAUCAUCCAGAAAUGUACCUUAACAAAACUGUUGUUUUUGUUGGAUCAUCUUUCUUAAAUGCGAUUGACGAUGAGUAUGCUGAGUUUGUAGUCGCAAAAGAUGAUUUUCAGUUUAGUUCUGAAGAGAUAAGUAAGCUGGAGAUUGGAAGCAAGACAAAUCACAUAUAUGCUCCUAUGUGCUUGAAAGGAAAAUGUUGGGUUCCAGUAGUGAUCAAUAUCGAGAGAAGGUCUUUGAUCAUUCUCGAUUACGCGACAUCAUUUGUUUCAGAAAAUGUUAAAAGGAUGCAUGUGGUUGCAUAUUCUGUUGCGAUGCCGUACAUUUUGCGCAAGCUCCUCAACAAAACAGAUAUGGAUGUUUCAGCAUUCAAAAUAUCUGUAGUGGACAAUAUAUCACAGGCUGAAAAGAUUGAAGAUACUGGGAUGGAUCUGUUUCUCAUCACAGCUGGUCCAUCACUUUCUUCAGAGAAGAAUAAUGGGCUGCCUUUGGGUGAUGAUGCAUCACAAAGCCAGUCAAGACGAAAAAAGAGAAAGAAAGAAGAUACAUGGAUGAAGGAUGGUUUAAGUUUGAAAGAUCUCCUUAAAACCUUGUCUACAAAACGCGAUGAGAUGGAUGAUGAUGAGAGGGUUAGGUUAGGUGCUCUGAUUCUAGUGGAGGGCAUCUUAAUUGCUUCAAACCCUGUAAACAAGAUAGAGAAAGAACAUCUGCAAAGAGCUAGUAGUUUCACAGAGUUCUGCAAGUAUCCGUGGGCUCGCAUUGUUUACGGGUCUUUGGUGGAUUGCUUGAAGAAGAUAACUCCGACUCAAUUGUUUAGAAACCAAUGUGGGCUUCCUGGGUUUGUUUUUGCAAUCCAGAUUUGGGCUUUAACCGCAGUUGCAGAGUUGGGACAGAAUUUUGGCAGUCGGGUCCUAGAACCCAACGACAAUCGUCCACUGAUUUCGCAAUGGAUGACAACAAAAUGCCCAACUAAGAAAGAAAUAGCAAAAGUUACAAAGGUUGCAACGUUUGAUAUUAAACAUAUCAUUGGCGAUCCUGAACAAUAUUCUCAUUUGGUUCUCCCCCCAAAUCCAGAAGACAAGGACUGGUUUGAAGUCUUUGACCUUGUAGUCCAAGGUUAUAGGAUGACCAGGCAACAAUGGAUUCAUGGAUGGAUUGAGCUUGCAGAAUGGAAAAUGCAAAAGCCUGUGAAUCAGCCUAGACAAAGGCAACCAAAGUCUGAGACUGUAAAUCAGACAAAACCAAGGAAAUCAAUGUCUUAUAGUGAAAUACUAGAACUGAUCUACAAGUCAUGUUUAGAAUUGAACAAGAGAAUGUUGGUGGUGGAGAAACAUUUAGGGAUCAAAGCACCUGAUGCCAGGGAUGAUGAAGGAAAGGAAUUCCCAGCUUCGUCAAGUGGAGUUAACAAAAAGACUGAAGAAGAGUUUAUAAUUGUCUCUGAUGAUGAAGAAGAGGUUGAAAUACCAAUCAACAAUCAAGAAAACAAACAAACAGAGACCAGAGAAGAAUCAUGCAGUCCACCUGAUGAAGAUUCACACGAGAAUGUGAAUGAUGAAAACGUUGCUCAAGAAGAGGGAGCCACGGAUGAGGUUCCACAUGCUACUGAAGAAAGCGAUCCACAAUGCUCGAAUGUCAAUGAUAAGGUUUCUCAAAAAAAGGAGAAACAACAUGAAGAGAUGAGAAACAUGGAUGGGGCUCCACAGGGAACUCAAGAAAGUGAUUCACAACGAUCGAAUGUGAAUGAUAAGGUUGCUCAAACAGAGGAGGCACAACAUAACAAGAUGGGACACUCAGAGGAGCCGUCACAAGAGAGUGAUUCACAACAAUCGAAAGUGAAUGAUAAGGAAGAAGAAGCUCGGCUAAAGAAGGAACAUUCAGAUCGAAAACUAAGUGACAUAGAACAGAAGGAAAUUGAUGAUAGGGUCAUACUCUGGGCUAAAAACAAGAACUUCAUUUUUAUGAUAUCAUCACUUCACCAGAUUAUUUGGUCCAAUAGUUCAUGGGAGACUGUUCAUCACUUCAAUUUGGUAAACAAUGACAAUGAGAUAGGUUUAGCAAAACGUAAAGCACUGCUUGCUUUACAUCCAGACAAACAACAUGGAGCUAGCGCCGAACAGAAGUAUCUGGCAACAAGACUUUUCAGCGUAAUAAAGCAUGAAUGGGAUAUCUACAUCAGGAAAAAGCAAGUGUGAAAGAAUGUAGUUAACAUAAGUUCCUUUCUUAUUGUAGUUAUCUUUUUAAACCAGUAUGUUAUUUUGUAAAACAGUGAUAACGAAUGUGUUUAUGGAACAGUUUAUUAGAUGAAGGAUAUUGUUAACUA